UGCUCUAGCUCCCUUGGACCUCAAAGCUUAUACUAACCACCGCCACCGGCCACCACCAUCACCAUUUGAAAAUCUUGAAAGCCAUUAAGACACAUGGGUUCUGGUUCUGUGUACACCACAAGAGCCCAGGUUUAGCCUUUUCUUCAUCAUCAUCAUUGUCUCCAUCCCCGCCAGAGGAGCUUUCAGAAGAAGAGAGAAGCUUCAGACCAGAGAGCAUUUUCCGGUAAGAUAAGAUUUUCAUCACACUCCACCAUUGCUUUGACUAAGUUGAAGUUAAAUACUGUGUGACACAAGCUAGCUCUUUUGUUCACAUGCACGGGUUUCAGCUUGAACAAACAACAACAAUAACAACACCUUGUUGUGAAAUUCAAGCAUUAUCUCACAGAGAACUUCCUUCACAUGCAUGUUGUCUCCUACUCUCCUAGAGUAGACUUUCACCACCACCACUAUCACCACCAUAAUCACCAACCUCAAGAACCCAUUUAUUAACCAUCUCCAUCAAUCCCCUUUCCUCAGCUACCCCAGCUACCCAAAUGGAAAACCAAAGACUCACCAGUACUACUUUUUCCUUCACAUUGUUCAUCAUUUUCAUAACAAUGUCCAAACUAACCUUGGUCUCCUCUCUGUCCCCUGAUGGCCAAGCUCUUCUCUCCCUUCUUCCUGCAAAGCAAUCUUCCUCUGUACUCUCCUCAUGGAACCCAUCAAGCCAGACACCAUGUUCAUGGCAAGGAAUCACAUGCUCACCACAAAACAGAGUCAUCUCCCUCUCUCUCCCCAACGUUUUCCUCAACCUCUCCUCUUUACCCCCACAGCUCUCCUCUCUCUCAUCUCUCCAGCUUCUCAAUCUCUCCUCCACCAACAUUUCAGGCACUAUCCCACCUUCCUUUGGACAACUUACUUAUCUUCGCCUCCUCGACCUCUCCUCCAACUCUCUGUUUGGUCCGAUUCCUCCAGAACUAGGCGCUCUCUCUGCUCUCCAGUUCCUCUUCUUGAACUCAAACAGAUUGUCAGAUAAAAUCCCUCAACAACUUGCCAACCUCACUUCACUUCAAGUCCUUUGUCUCCAAGACAAUCUCAUCAACGGCUCGAUACCCUCCCAACUCAGUUCUUUGGCUUCCCUCCAACAGUUUCGUGUUGGUGGGAAUCCAUAUAUAACCGGAGAAAUUCCUUCCCAGUUGGGACUACUCACCAAUCUCACCACAUUCGGAGCUGCGGCUACUGGACUUUCCGGGACUAUUCCACCCACAUUUGGAAACUUGAUCAAUCUUCAGACACUGGCGCUCUAUGAUACUGAAAUAGUUGGUUCAAUACCACCCGAAAUCGGGCUUUGUUCUGAGCUGAGGAACUUGUACCUGCACAUGAACAAGCUCACUGGCUCCAUUCCUCCACAAUUAGGUAAGCUGCAAAAGCUCACCAGCCUGCUUGUUUGGGGAAAUGACUUAUCAGGAUCAAUCCCCGCUGAGAUUUCCAACUGUUCCUCACUUGUUGUUCUCGAUGCUUCUGCAAAUGAUCUCACUGGAGAGAUUCCAAGAGACUUGGGGAAGCUGGUGUUCCUUGAACAGCUUCACCUAUCGGAUAACUCGCUUACAGGGUCGAUUCCAUCGCAGCUCAGCAACUGUAGCAGCCUUACAGCUCUCCAGCUCGACAAGAAUCAGUUAUCAGGGACAAUUCCAUGGCAGGUUGGUAAUCUGAAAUACUUGCAGAGUUUCUUCUUGUGGGGCAAUGCAGUGUCUGGAACUAUUCCUGCCUCGUUUGGGAACUGCACUGAACUGUAUGCACUUGAUCUUUCGAGAAACAAGCUCACCGGGUCAAUACCAGAAGAGAUUUUCUGUUUGAAGAGACUGAGCAAGCUUUUGCUUCUGGGAAAUUCUUUAUCCGGCAGGUUGCCACCUAGUGUAGCAAAAUGUCAAUCUCUAGUGCGGCUGAGACUCGGUGAGAACCAGCUUUCAGGACAAAUUCCAAAGGAGAUAGGCCAACUGCAAAACCUUGUGUUCCUUGACUUGUACAUGAAUCAUUUCUCUGGAGGCCUUCCCAUUGAGAUUGCCAACAUCACAGUUCUUGAGCUACUGGAUGUGCACAAUAACUACAUUGGUGGCGAAAUCCCAUUUCAGUUUGGGGAGCUCGUAAAUUUGGAGCAGCUUGAUCUGAGCCGAAACAGCUUCAAGGGUGAGAUUCCUUGGAGCUUUGGGAACUUGAGUUACUUGAACAAGCUCAUCAUCAACAACAAUCUUCUCACAGGUUCAAUACCAAAGUCUUUUCGAAAUUUGCAGAAGCUGACGUUGUUGGAUUUGAGCUUCAACAGCCUCUCUGGUGCAAUCCCAUCUGAAAUCAGUCAUGUGACAAGCUUGCAAAUCAGUUUGGACUUGAGUUCCAAUGGUUUUACAGGAGAACUUCCGGAGACAAUGGCGGCUUUGACACAGUUACAGUGUCUGGAUCUUUCCCAUAAUAUGCUCUUUGGGAAAAUUAAGGUUCUUGGCUCUCUAACUAGUCUCGCUUCCCUUAAUAUCUCCUGCAAUGAUUUCUCAGGUGCUAUCCCAAUAACCACCCCGUUCUUCAGAACUCUCUCCUCAAAUUCUUACCUUCAAAAUCCACAUCUUUGUGAGUCUAAUGAUGGCUCUACUUGCUCUUCAAGUCUAAUGCGGAAGAAUGGCUUGAAAUCUUCGAAAACUAUUGCUUUAAUUUCUGUGAUUCUCUCUUCAGUAACUAUAGCAGUUGUUGCUUCAUGGAUUCUUGUGAUGCGAAAUCAUAGAUAUAUGGUAGAGAAAUCUUUAGGAGCAUUAGCAUCCUCGUCGGGGGCUGAAGAUUUCUCCUAUCCGUGGACUUUCAUCCCAUUCCAGAAGUUCAAUUUCACUAUUGACAACAUCUUGGAUUGUUUGAAAGAAGAAAAUGUGAUUGGAAAAGGAUGUUCUGGGGUCGUCUACAAGGCAGAAACGCAAACCGGAGAGCUAAUUGCGGUGAAAAAGUUGUGGAAGACAAAGCGAGAGGAAGAACCAAUAGACUCUUUCGCUGCAGAGAUUCAAAUUCUUGGACACAUUCGCCACCGGAACAUUGUGAAGCUCCUAGGGUACUGUUCAAAUAGAAGUGUCAAGCUACUUCUUUACAACUUCAUUCCCAAUGGCAAUCUACAACAACUAUUGCAAGACAAUAGGAACUUGGACUGGGAAACGAGGUACAAGAUUGCUAUUGGGUCAGCUCAGGGUUUGGCAUACCUUCAUCAUGAUUGUGUCCCAGCAAUUCUUCACAGGGAUGUGAAGUGCAAUAACAUAUUACUAGAUUCCAAAUGCGAAGCUUAUCUUGCAGAUUUUGGUCUUGCGAAAUUGAUGAACUCCCCAACUUACCAUCAUGCUAUGUCCAGAGUUGCUGGCUCUUAUGGUUACAUUGCACCAGAGUAUGGAUACACAAUGAACAUAACAGAGAAGAGUGAUGUCUACAGCUAUGGUGUGGUUUUGCUAGAGAUCCUAAGCGGACGUAAUGCCGUUCAGCCCCAGAUUGGUGAUGGACUACACAUUGUUGAAUGGGUGAAGAAGAAGAUGGGAAGUUUCGAACCAGCUUUAUCAGUACUAGAUACAAAGCUCCAAGGCCUGCCAGAUCAAAUGGUUCAAGAGAUGCUGCAAACACUAGGAAUAGCAAUGUUUUGUGUCAACUCUUCGCCUGCAGAACGACCCACCAUGAAGGAAGUGGUGGCAUUGCUAAUGGAGGUUAAGAGCCAACCUGAAGAAUGGGGAAAAACUUCCCAACCCCUAAUAAAGCAGUCUUCAAAUCAAAGUUAAUUUUUUUUUCCCUUUUAUCCUUUGUUUUUCUUUUAGCUUGCAAGGACAUCAGUUAUUAAUUCUUCUAUCCCAAUAUAAGAGAAGGUUUGAGUAGUUAAAUUCGUCCAUUUGGAUGCUAAGGCUAGUAGUCUUUAGGUUUCUUGUACAGUUUUGAGACAUCAGUAUGUUGAAAU